CGACGGCGUGAACGCAGCUACUCGGACGAUGAGGACGAGCAGCGGCGAUAUAACAAAAGACGUCGCGACGAUGAUCGCUCUAGGGAAGGAGACAUCAAGAGGCAUCAGGGAAGUCCCAGGAGAGACGCCCGACGACAGCCGUAUCCACCACGCGAAGGAAUGCGAGGAGGUCCCAUGGGCGGACGCGGACCGUACGGGAUGGGAGGCGAUCGCCGUCGGAAUUUUCCUCCGGAGUGGGGGAUGCCACCGCAAGGCAUGUGGCCGCCACACUUCCCACCCCCACGUGGUGCUGGGUACCCUCCGGACUUUGAUCCGAAUAUGUAUAUGUCGGAGAAUGGAGGUAUGAUGCCGCCCCCACACAUGAUGAUGCAUCCGAUGGGCGGACGUGGCCAAUACUUUCCCCCUGGCGGCCGCGGUGGCCGGGGAGGACGCGGUAAUUACUAUGCAGGACGAGGCGGCAAGGAUGGAGAGAACGGCGAGGCCCCCACUGCUAAGACUACUCUGCACGUUAGACAUGUGGAUCCCAAGUAUGUCAACAUGACGAUGUUGAGUCUGCACUUCUCCAAGUUUGGUAACGUGGUGAAUGUGCAGAUGCGGCCCAGUGCGAAAUGUGCUUUUAUUCAGUAUGCGACUGAGGAGGAAGCCAAGAAGGCCUUCCACUCGCCUCUCCCUGUGUGCAACAACCGGUUUAUUUCAGUAAAAUGGGCCAAGCACGACGCCCAAAACCCCGAAGAAGCCGCUGAUCAGCUCGAAAACGCAUCGGCAGAAGCAGUUGGAGAGGAUGAAGCUUCUACAGGAGGUGAAGCUGCGGAAAAGAAUGUAGAAGCGGAAGGGGAAUCUGCUGAGUCGCUACCUGAGAACAAUAUGACGGCCGAGGAGCUGCGAGUUGCAGCAUUAGAGAAGGGUCGAAAGGUACUGGAACAGAAGCGUGAGUUGCUGGAGAAGCAGCGCGCGUUAAAGAAGCAGAAGGAGGCGCUGAUCAAGCGGCAGUUGGCUCAGCAGAAGGAACUGCUGGAACGGAUGAGUGCGAACAGCUCGCAGUUCUCCAUAGCGGAGAAGCGCGACCUCUUGAACAAGAUCACAGCCUUGUCGGCCGAGCUGAAGGCGCUAACUCCGCGUAAUUCGGCCGUCUCUCCGAGCGCCGCGUCAGGUGAAGCUGGUGAGAAUCUUAAUGGUUUGAAGGCGGAGCUGAGUGCGCUGGAGGCCGAAGCUGGUGGCCGAGGCGGUCGAGGUGGCCGGUGGUCAGGAGGUCGUGGCUACAGAGGAGGCCGUGGUGGCCGAGGUCGUGGAGGAUUCGGUCGGGGCUCGCACACACUCGACAACCGAACUACGAUCGUAAAGGUGGCGAAUCUACCGGAGGAGGCCCGUGAUCCUGUCGUGUUGACGCAGCAUUUUGGUAACUUUGGAGCCGUGGAGCGCGUCGUGAUGGACGAGACGGCGCCUGGCCAGGGCUUCAUUAAGUUUCAGGAUCGGUAUGCAGGGCAGGCCGCACUGAACCAUGGCAACGUUUUCGGCGACAAGCAACUGCAGAUGGGGUGGGUCGAGACACAAGAAGCACCGGCAGAGCUGCAGAGCCCGACUGGCGCAGACUUUGCUGCUACGGAAGCUGGUGAUGGCGCCGUGACAACCACGUCUAGCGACCAGGUCUCUGCGAACACUACCAUGUGAUCCAGGAAGCAGCGAGACACAGACUCAGCACCGGCACAAAGCUAUGAUAUAGGAUGCCUGCAAAUGGCUAAAUUACAGCAAUACAAGUCGAAC